AUGGCGUUCAUGCUCCGGCGGCCCUUCGCCAUCGCCUCUGCUCUCAGGCAGGCUCCCAAGGCCUCCUCGACCACCAUCCGCGCCUUCCACAACACGCCGCUCAAGUCUGCGCCAAAGAGCUUCUUCACCGCGAGGUCGGCCGCGCCCUCGCUCGCCGAAUCGAACAAUGUCUUCCGCAACACCUUCCGCGCCUUCCGGCGCAACUACUCGCAGCAGACUGCCACCACCUCGAACCCCGAGUUCAGGCAGCGCUUGAUCUACGGCGCCGGUAUCUUCGGAGGAACGCUUCUGGCUAUUAAUCUCAUCUUCAAUCGUGAAACCCGCGAGGAUGGCGGCAUGCCGCCCCACGAGCGCAGCUAUCUGAACGACACUUUCCUGCACACUGGUCUCGGUAUUGGCAUCAUUGCUAUCGCUGCACGUGCUCUGCACUCGCAAGGAUGGAGCUACAGACUCAUGAGUGCGAACCCCUGGUUGGUCUUCGGUGUUGGUAUCGUGGGAUCCAUUGGCUCUAUGUACGGGUGCAUGGCUACUAGCCCUGAAAACUACGUCCAGAAGUAUGCUUUCUGGGGCCUCUUCAACCUGACUCAGGCCGCCCUCCUUUCGCCGCUCAUGUUCCUGCAGCCCGCUUUACUCGCUCGCGCUGGUCUCUACACCGUCGGUAUGAUGGGCUCCAUUGCCUUCGUCGGUGCGACCGCCAAGCAGGAGAAGUACCUCUACCUCGGUGGCCCUCUCCUCGCUGGUGUCGCCAUCGUCGCUCUCUCUGGCCUCGCGCCCCUUGUCCUGCCCGUCACCGCCACCCGCACCCUCAUGUGGACUGAAAACCUCUGGCUCUACGGCGGCCUCGCCGUUUUUGGCGGCUUCACCCUGUACGAUGUCCAGAAGGUUCUGCACCACGCCCGCAUGGCCGAGCGUGGUGUCAUGAAGCGUGACGCCGUCAACGAGGCCAUAAGCCUCGAGCUCGACUUCAUUAACAUCUUCGUCCGCAUGGUUCAGAUUCUGGGCAUGCAGCAGAGGCGGAAAUAA